AUGGAAGUUAAUACAGCCUUAUUACUAUACAAAAGUUUAGUAAGAUCAUCCAUAGAAUAUGGUAUUACAAUAUAUAUGCCUACAAACAAUGAAGACGCUACAAACAAAAUUGAGAAAGCACAAUAUAUGGGAAUAAGAACUGCAAUGGGUUACAGAAAUAGCACCCCAACGAAUGUCAUGCUGGCAGAAGCAAAAGUAAUGACAAUGACAAACAGAGCAAAACUGUUAGCAAGAAACUAUUGGAUAAAAAUGAUAGGACAAGAUACUACAGAGAAAGACAGUGAGAUAACGGAAAUCGAAACACUAGUCAAAGAAGAACUGAGACAGAAAACAAACACCCCAUGGAAGAAAGAUAGUAUCCUUGUGGAGGCAUGGAACCGAGUCAAGAAGGAUGCAGAAAUACUAGGUAAAAACGUAAGAAAUGAGCUGUAUCAAAUGAACUACUGGGAUCUAACAAACAAAGUUAAUAUAGAAAUGGAUAUAGGAGAAAAGUACAAAGAAAAGAAGAAAGUAAAUGAUCAAGAAAUAAUACAAGAAAUACAGAACAAACAUGGAUUAAAAGAAAAGGACACAAUAAGAAUAUUCACUGAUGGUUCUAAAAUAGAAGACAAGCCCUCGGUUGGUAGUGCCUUCCUUAUAGAAAACGAAGAAAUGGGAUACUUUAUGAGCCUGAACACCACAGCCACAGUUUUUACAGCAGAAGCAUGCGCUAUUGCCAAAGCCUUAGAAUGGAUAGUACACAAGAAAGUCAAUAAAGAUAUCUUAGUUCUCACAGACAGCUUGAGCACACUUAAGGCCCUGAAUAAUAACGAAAUCACCCCAUGCGUAAACAACUACAUCCUAGAGAUUAGAAAAUGGCAUUUUAAAAUAAUAAAAGAUUACAACAGAAAAGUAGUAAUUGCCUGGAUUCCAGCACACAAAGGUAUCUGGGGAAAUGAAGAGGUAGAUAAAUUAGCAAAAGAAGCUACAGAAGAAACGCACACAAAAGAGCUUAAAUUACCUGGCAAAGAUCUAAAAAACAAAUACAUAGAAGAACUAAUACAAAAGAACAACAGAUAUCUAGAGACACAAGCGAGUUUCAAGGGAAAAUUCUACUUUGAAAACUUCUACAGAAGCAAUGAAAGGAGCCCAUGGUUCAAAGGAACAGACAUCCCAAGAAGAGCUGUAGUUCUAUACAAUAGGUUAAGAUCCAACCACUAUAACCUAAAUUCAAGCUUGGCGCGGAAAGGCUACAUCAAGGACACUAGAUGUCAGUGCGGUAACGAGAGAGAAGAUAUAGACCAUCUCAUAUUCAACUGUCACACCUAUGACGAAGCAAGAAUAGGAAUGAACCUAACCGAACAACUGAAUAAAGUAGGAGCCAGCAGCCCGGACAGCGUCUGGAAUUGGUUGAAAAGAGAGGAACUGAGCACACUCAAGAUAAUAUACGAAUUUAUUAAAAAAAUAGGAAGAAUAAUAUAA